AUGAUUAUUCUACCAAGUGUCAUUUUGUUACUCAUUAUGUUAGUUCAAAAUGAAUGGAUGAUCGAUGUAGAGGCAAUUGUCGAUGGAGUAACUGUUGAUAAAAAUGAAUUUCCUUUUGCACUCGAUAGUCCUUAUACAUUUGACAAAUACAUUACAAAGGCUGAACUGGUGCCAAAAGGCUAUUAUAUACCCAAUGACCUAACUGUUAAUAUCAUUGGCUGGGGCGUUGAAAAAUCCGACACUACAACUCCGUCCCGUAGCUUAAAAAAAACUCAAGUUACAGUUUUAUCACAUUCAAAAUGUAUUGAGUUGUAUACAGGUAAAGUUAAAGUGAGCGAUACAGUAUUUUGCACUGCUCAUAAUCGCAAGAAUAAUAGAGGUAUUUGCUAUGGAGAUUCUGGAGGUCCUGUAGUUAAAGACAAGACAGUGGUCAUUGGAGUGAUAUCUGUUAAUUAUGCAAAAACUAAGUGUGGCGAUAAGAAUCAUCCAGAUCUCCAAACUAAUGUAGCUAAAUACCGACAAUGGAUUGAUAACACUAUUUUUAAUAAUAUCUAG